AGCGCCGCGGGCAGCCGCAAGUGCCGGGGUCCUACCGGCAGUCAUAGGCGCGGGAGUCGCGCGCUCAGUAGGGACUGCCUUUCUGCUGGAGCAACGCUCACCACCGCGCUGCAAUGCUGCCCUCGGCCCCGAACCACUGGUUCGUUCGUAAGGUGAUUUACUGGAGGUGGGCGGCCAGCGUGGCAUGGUCCCUGCUGUUGCUGCCGGUGUGCACGGCGCUCUUCGUGCUCCUGAGCAGAGUCAGUCUCCUACAUCCCAUCGGAUGGAUCUCAGAGUCCUUUGGCCUCUUGUGCGGCUCCUACGUGAUCUUCUCCCUUGUGCUCCUCUUUGGAGUGCUCCUGGUGGUCGGCUUCUUCAACCUGGAGUAUUACACAGCGGUGCCCUCCAUCCCCUGCACUAAGAUCGCCCUGCUGGGGAAGGUGCUGCAUCCAAGGCAAUGCAUUCACAUGCUGGUGCACUGCAUGCUGGGAAUGCUGGUGGCCUGGUGCACGGCCGCCAUGAUCGGUGGUCGGUACCGGACCCUGUCCUGUCCAUGUGCCGUGGAGGAGGGGGCCGCCCCCGCUGCCUGUCUGAAUGAGCUCCACCUGUUCUUCCUGCUGGCCGGGGGCUUCGUGGGUUACAGCUACAGCCUGCUGGGACUGCUCAACAACGUGAACUACAUCUCCUUCAAGAUCAUUCAGCGACACAAGUACCUGUGGUUCCGGUCCUCACUGCUGGCGGUGGUGCGCUACAGCGCAGUGCGCGCGCUCUAUGCCGUCAGGAACUUCUGUAUCUUCUAUUACUUUCUGGGAUACAUCCCCCGAACGUGGAUCUGCAGCACGCUGGGCCUCCUUCGGGACAGCUCCCUGCACCGCCUGGACUCACUGGCUGGCUUGCUGGAUCUCCCCCUGCUCUACCACCUGUGGCUGAGCUGCUGUUUCCUGCUGCUCACCUGGCAUGUCAGCGUGCUCCUCUUCAGGAUCUUCGUCAGUGAGGCUUACAGCUUCCCGGUUCAGUCGUCCUUCUCUGAAGAUACCAGUCAGUGCCUCCCCAAAGUAAUAAGUGAGAAAGAGCCGAUGAUCCUAAAGUUUCUAGGCUUGCAGGACCUGGCUGUGCUGGCUCACAACUCCCCGUGCAGAAGGCAGGAGGUCUUCAGCCUUAGCCAGCCCGGUGGCCACCCCCAUAACUGGAACGCCAUUUGCACGGAGUGCCUGGCCCUGCUCGGCGAGCUGACCCAGAGGCUUGUGCUGUACCAGGAAGUGCUGUCUUCCAACGGCAGGUCCUGGCCCCCGUCCUGCGGCAGUGACCACAAGUCCACCUCCUCAGAGACGUCUGAGAAUUCUGGGACAGAAGAGCUUUCGCACACGCCACGAGUGAGAGCAGGGUUGAAGACCCCAGCCUCCUCGCUGUUCCGGGCCCCCGUGGGGGGUGCCGGUGGCACUCUGCCCUUCACCCCCGAUCUGGACAGCCCCUUCUCCCCUGCCGUCACGCGGCGCAUGGCCCCUGACCCCUCGUCACCCUGGCAUGGCUCCGUGCAGAGCCCACACCUCAUGCGGAGGGGUCCCAAGCUGUGGACCUCCUCUGCAGAGUCGCCUCCUGACUGCGUACUCCCAGAAUCCCCUGCUGCUGUGCCCAGUCCACCUGCUGGAGCCCAGAAACCAAGCUUCCUCUCGCUCUGGUUCCAGAACCGGCAGGAGCAGGUUAAAGGUUUCUUGGCUAAGCGAGUGCUGAUAAUGUAUUUGUUCAAUAAGCUUCCAGAAGCUUCCAGUCAGGCCCUCUUCGCUGACAGCCAAAUGCACAUCUGGGCACUGCAAGGACUGUCUCAUCUGGUAGCUGCCUCCUUCACAGAAGACAAGUUUGGUGUGGUACAGAUUACACUACCCAGAAUCCUUAGCACUAUGCUGAUGUUGCAAGAAGCUGUAGACAGGCACUUCAAGCUGCCUCACGCGUCCAGUAAACCCAUGAGGUCCACCUGCUGCUUGGAAGAUUCCACCUUCAAAAUGCUGAGGUUUGGCCUGCGGUCGGCCCUGAAAACGGCGCUUUACAGAAUCACUGGCACCUUUGGUCAGCACUUACACGCAGUCCAGAUGUCGGCUGAGCACCGGAAACGCCUUCAGCUCUUCAUGGAUUACAAAGAGUAGGGCAGCCAUUUCCAUCCUGGUGGGGCGAGGGUCCAGUCGCUGCGCUUCUGUUGGGGGUGCUGUCAUCACACUGCUUCUCAUGAUGCGUUUGGGCUGCGGUGGCAUCCUCGUACCUGUGGGGGCCUGACUCUGUGAGCUGGGUCAUCAUUCAGCCACCAAGACACAAAAUCAUGAUUGUUUAAUGGAAAUGUACUGAAAGGGUGUUUACAUUUUACACAAGUAAAAUCAGUGCUAGAUACAGCCUGCACUUUUUUUUUUUUUUUUUUACACUAUUUCCGUACCUCUAAGAGCCAUUGACUACGUAAAGAAUUGCUGUGGUGCCUGAUGCUGGCUGUGGGAUUAGCAUGUACAUGGUUAUCAUUUAGCUCCUUGCACUGGGCUGGGUGGGUGCAGGUCUGCCUUCAGGGUUGCUUCCACUUCAUGUUGUCCUGUUGCACUGUUAGCCUCCGGAUGCACAUUAAAUACUGCCUUGUGUUUCCGCUUGCGUUGUCUCUACACCGAGAUCCAGUGCGAAGUUCCCAGGAUGUCACCUGUGCAGUUAUGAUGAAACACCUCAUCUCCUCAGAUACCCUAAAUACUGCUGAAGCCAUUACAUGAGUAAUUCCUAAGGCUUUGGCUGUUAUGUAAACGGUGCAGUGCUUUUGUAUGAGAGAUUGAGGGCAGAUGAACUGCAGUCCUCCAUGGCUAUAGGGGGUACUGUGUCACAGCCUUAAUUACUGAAAAUGAAAACGUAUGAUCUAGCAUCUAGCUAAUACAUACUGGAAUGGUUCCCCCCCCCCCCAUACUGUAUAUAUAAUGUUUUGUUAUGCAAGUUACUUAGAGUGACAAGCUGACUUUCUACAUUCUUAUUUUAUAUUGUAGAUUUUGAUAGUCUCAUUAUUAACGUAUGUGCCGCAAACUUGUAAAUAUGAGCAUCGCUCAACGCACUUUUCUUAAUAAACGAAUGAAUGGUU